AUGUAUCUCCCAGAGGAGUUGGUAGUGGAGAUACUCGAUAAGGCUUCAGCAGCUUCUCUAGCACGAUUAAGAUGUGUAUCGAAAAGAUGGAAAGCUCUGAUCAAAGACGUGAGACUAGCUGAGAAGCGUUCUCAUGCUACAAUGAUCAUGUUGAUUGAUUUUAAGGUAUAUCUAACGAGCGUCAAUCUCCACCAAAUUGACAACAACAUGGUAAAGGUAAUAGAUCAAUUUAGCCUGAAGGAUCCUCGUUCCAAGUCUUCAAAAGAAGUCAAAAUACUUGACAUCUUACACUGCGACGGCUUAUUGCUAUGCACCACCAAAGACCUUAGACUUGUUGUUUGGAACCCGUAUUCACGUGAAACCAAGUGGAUUCAACCAAGAAUCUCUUACAAGAGAUUAGAUAACUUUGCUCUCGGUAAAACCUCAUGCAACAAGUACAAAAUCUUGAGGAUGGAACAAUUUGGUGAACUUGUCAGCCCAUACUUACUUGAGUCCGAAAUCUAUGACUUUACCUCUAAUUCGUGGAGGGAUUUAAGUGAGACUAGAGACUGGCACAUACCACCGUGGAUGCGCCGUAUCAUGUAUGUGAAUGGAAAUACUUAUUGGCUUGCUUGUAGUAAUAAAGACAAUGUGGUUUUCUUACAAAGUUUUGAUUUUUCAACAGAAAGAUUCAGAAGUGUGUCUCUUCCGGGUGAUCAUCAUUCUUAUACUAUUUUCAGCUUAUCAGUGACUAGAGAAGAGCAAAAACUUUGUUUGCUUACUCAGCAAAAGUUUCAAAAUAGGUCACCCUAUAUAAAUAUAUGGAUUGCAACUAAGAUUGAGAGUCACGGAGCCGCGUCAUGGAUCAAGUUCCUAUCAAUUGCUUUAGCCAGUAUACACCAGCCCUUUUGCGUUUGUACUACGAUGAGUUUCUUGGUCGACCCGGGUAACAAAGUUUUAGUGUGCCGUGGUAAAAAUGGAGUCUCUAACAACUUCUUAAACAUUUUGGGAGAAAAUAAAUCCAUACAAGUGGAUCAUCACGAUGCUAAAUCUCUAUGCAAGCUUCUUGUCAAUUAUGUUCCAAGUUUUGGUUCAAAUCCAACAAGGGGUUCUUUGAAGAAAAGGUUAAAAAGUACCGUAGCAAGUAGUGAUUAUACUAUAAUGUAG